AUGUGACGGGCUCGAGAGUGCAGUGCUGGUCUGUAAUGUCAGUCUCAUUGAGAACGCGCCUUUAUUGCGCGUGAGAGACGUUUCCAGUGCUGCACACCACACACACACAGAGACAAGACUGAGAAAGCUCUGGGGAACUCGCGGGAAAAGGGACAUCUUCACCGCGGAAGUUAAGGACAAAUCUCUCGCUUAAAUCCAUCUGAGGGACACCGGGCACGCGGGAGUCGUCUUUCGCUUACGAGUAACUUGUGGAAUUUACCGGGCAAUUUUUUUCUUCCCCAAAAAAGGGACCUGGCUUUCCUCUCCACCCGUUUUGUUCAUUUAAUUUCAUUUCAUCAGCUUCCCUGAAACAGCUGUCAUCCUUUGAAUCGCAGUAUCGCAGGAGUCAGUGCAAGGCGCCUGAGGACAGCAGCGUUACCCGCGCACGAGCGAUAGACACUUGCCUCUUUCCGUUGCGGUUUUAUACUCUAUUUAUUAUUUAUAUCUCAGCCUAUUUAUUUGGACUUUUCUGUCUGCUUGGGGCGUCGCUGGUGAUUCUUGUGGAAUAUGGUGGGGGAAAUGGAAACGAAAGAGAAGCCAAAGCCGAGCCCAGACUAUCUGAUGCAGCUGAUGAACGAUAAGAAACUGAUGAGCAGUCUGCCCAACUUCUGCGGGAUCUUCAACCAUCUCGAGCGGCUUCUGGACGAAGAGAUCAGCAGGGUACGAAAGGACAUGUACAAUGACACAUUAAACGGCAGCACGGAAAAGAAAAGCUCGGAGCUCCCAGAUGCUGUCGGCCCCAUUGUGCAGCUCCAAGAGAAACUCUAUGUGCCUGUUAAAGAAUAUCCUGAUUUUAAUUUUGUGGGCCGGAUCCUGGGACCGCGGGGGCUAACGGCUAAACAGCUGGAGGCAGAGACAGGAUGUAAGAUCAUGGUGAGAGGGAAAGGCUCCAUGAGGGACAAAAAGAAGGAGGAGCAGAACAGAGGUAAACCCAACUGGGAGCAUCUAAAUGAAGACCUGCACGUGCUCAUCACAGUGGAGGAUGCACAGAACCGGGCUGAGAUCAAGCUGAAGCGUGCAGUGGAGGAAGUUAACAAACUACUCGUGCCUGCAGCCGAAGGGGAGGACAGUCUGAAGAAGAUGCAGCUAAUGGAACUGGCCAUUCUUAACGGCACCUACAGAGACGCCAAUAUCAAAUCACCUGCCCUUGCGUUCUCUCUUGCAGCCAGCGCCCAGGCGCCCCGGAUCAUCACCGGACCAGCACCCGUCCUGCAACAGUCCUUGCGUACGCCCACGCCUGCCGGGCCCACCAUCAUGCCCCUCAUUCGCCAGAUUCAGACCGUCAUGCCCAAUGGUUCGGCACACCCGGGAGCCGCCACCCUGGUGCAACCCGGUCCAGAGUCAGGCCUGAUUUACGCUACGCCCUACGAGUACCCGUACACACUGGCCCCUGCCACCUCUAUUCUGGAGUAUCCAAUCGACUCCUCCGGUGUGUUAGCAUCCUCAAAGGCCGAAGAGCUGCCCCUCUACCUUGGCUUUCAGACCUGUCACAUUCCCAUCACAGUCCAGCGAGGAGAGCCAACCGGUCGGCCUCCCUUUUAAAGUGGCCCCCUAUUUCCCCGCCCCUCUGACAAGCCCCUCCCUCCCACCGCAGACACGCCCACUCACUGUGCCCCCCUCUUCCUCGUAUCGGACUGGUUGGACUUCCCAGCCUCUUUAAAUCCUUUUUUUUUUUAAGUCAUGGUUGUUGUUGUUAUUUUCUUUUAUUUUUUGUACUUUUUUGUUUGAUCUGUUAUGUGAUGUUUCAGUUUUCGUUUGUGUACAAUGAUGAGGGAGACAAAGCACUGAGCCCCAAAACUGCUGCACAAGCCUUUCUGGAUGACCCCCAUUACUCAUUCUGUGAGCGGGCCGCAUCGGGGUGAGGGGCUUUAUGAGGGGCAAAAUGAGGAUGUUGAGGGCACAGUGGGGGUCAGAUGGAGAAGGGACAUGGAAUGAAUGUCAGGCCUUUCACAGGCAGUUUUAGGACAGUUUAUUACACAUAGUGAUGUGUUUUGCCUGAAAAGCCUAAACUUUUUCACUGUAAAUAGAUUGUGGGUUUAAAAAACAUCCUGGUCAUGCAUCACCCAAGAGUCAAACAUGAAAAAAUUAACAUUAUAGAAUAAUUUAUACUUUUUUAUUUUUAGGACAAUUAAGCACAUUUCUUCCCUGAAUUUUUAUUAUUGGAGAAAAACGCUUUGUCAUUACUGUCUCUUUGCUAAAUUAUUUUAAUUUGUAAAAAAAAAUCAUUGUUCUGCUGUGCUUUCUAAGCAUAAUGGGAUUCUUAUGAUAAUUAGAUGAGAAUAAUGAGAUUUGGAAAAAACUCAAAAGUAAAAUGCCUGUACUGAAAAUUCAGGGGAAAUGUGCCCAUGACACUAAGGCCCCGUGUCCACCAAAGCAUUAAAAUGCGUCUAAAAACGCCAGGCGCAUGCUGACUGGGCUCUCAUCAGUGUUUCUUCAGCUGAAUUCUUUGAUUGCUAUAAUACUUCUGUAGUGUUUUCACUCGCACCCCUCCUCCACUGUGAUUUGACGGAAGAGUGAAAAGUGACAUUGACGAGCCGAGCAAUCUUCCCCAAGUUUAACAUUUUUCAACUCUCGCUGCACAAAAAUGCAAAAAAAAAAAAAACAGCGGUUCUAUUGGAAACAUUUAUAAACAUAUGCCGGAGGCAGGAAAAACGGUCCGGUGCACACGAGGCCUCUGCCUUAAAAACGGAAUUUUACAAAAAUCAUCCAAAAAGUAUAAUGAAACAUUUCUUUAACACAUUUAUAUUUGUGCCAAGGCCAAUGACAGUAUUACACUAAAGUAUUACACAGUAUUACUACAGUAAAACUGUAUUUAUCUAGGCAUAGAUGAAUAAUAAGAGUUCUGUAUAUGGUAAUGACAUAUCGUGAGCUUUAAACACUAUUAUUUCCUUCUUAUGGAAAAACUACUGGUAAACAGGCCAAUCUUAACAUAACACCAACUGUGACGUCACAGUCGAGAUGUCAACAUUAAAUUUUACAUUAAAUUAAUAACAAUGCUAAAAAGAAAGUUGUGACGGCUAAGUUAGCGCUAUAUGCUAGUAAAUGCUAUAUGCUAACGUUUUGAUGUUACAGUUCGUUUUGCAGGUCCAUACUGAAAAAAAAAAAACUUACCACAAAGAAACGUCCAUUAAAGCAACACUAUCUAGUUUCCAUGUAAAAAUGACUUACAGCUCCCCCAUGUGGUUGAAAAGCGCAACAGUGCCUGGUAUCAGACACUCUUCUGCAGGCAGGGGGAGGGGCGGGGCAGUGUGCUCUACCCUCCACCGCCACUUUCAGAGUGUGCUUGUAGCAGCUAGGAGGUUGCUCAGGUUGCAGCAACAGUACAAUUUAUCCAGUUAAAAGUUAUUCUGUCACUGAAAUAAUUUUAGAGACAUUAUUUAAUGGUAAAAAACUACAUAGUGUUGCUUUAACAAUCUCCAAACAAUUGAUUAUUCCUUAAAUUCUGUAUCUUCAUCUGAUACAGAUUCAAACAUAAGAUCUGUUUACACACACACAGAGCUACUGAAGGAGCUGCUCUGUGAAACAGCCAAUCAAAGCAGAGCUCAACAUUAUUAUUCAUGAUCCUUUCAAACAAAUGAAUCGUUGUCUCUGCGAUUUUUGAUAACAUUGUGGCGGAAAGAACAGCAAAUAAAAUGCUUUGCAAUGUCACACUUCAUUCUAGCCCAAUGUCACUUACAAAACUUAUGCAUUUAUCCUGAGCCAUAUACAGCACAUUCGGUGUUUACAUUUUAUUUUCCCUGGAAAUCAAACUCGUGACCGUUGCAAUGUCAUCACCAUGCUGUACCCGCUUAACUACAAAUAUAAUUUACAGUUUUCUUUUGAGUUUAGGGUAAAAUAUAAAACAUCGUGCUUUGUGUGAGAUUUGACAUAGUCUCAUGAACCGCCCUAAAACAUGCCACCUGACAGCUUUCCCAUCCCUUCUUUAAUUCUUUAUGUGUGGCUUUUCAUAGGAAAGGCUAAAAGAAUUUCCCAGUAUCCUCACUGUGCCUUUCAUCCAAUCUGAGUGUUAACACACAUGCGCUUUCGUUUCACAGCUGCCUUGUUGGUUUUGAGUGUUGUUUGUUCAGAAGCAUGAAUCUGGGCCUAGCAGUCGGCCAAACACACUCCUGUAUGUUUACACUGGUUAUUCCCAGAGCCCAAAGAGGCUGUACUUGUAAAUUGUAAUGCCUUCAUACUCACACAUUUUCUUUCGAACUGUGCCACGUUCCUGACAUUCCUGACUGCUAUGUUUCGGUUUGGAUGGGAAGCAAAAUACUGUAUGGAUCAAACAUUGUCCCGCUUUACUAAUCACUUAAUGCAUUGGCGUACAUUUCUAUUCUCCUUAUUUUUUUUGUACUACAGCAGACGUGCCUAAAUGUUUUUUCUCCCAGUGCCAUAGCUCGGAGAGUGAGUUUAUCAGUAUUAUAUUUAAAGCUACGCUCACGACUGUCGCUCAAGUGCAAAAUUACGUGACUAGUAAAGCCGUGCGCUCGGCACUGUUGUCUGUCAUACUGUAUGAUGAAAGCUACGCAGAAAAUUCCCAUGGAGUAUAAACGAACCAUGUUUUGUACGAACAAUGUAUUGAAAGAUUUGCAUAUGGGAAAAAAGUAUUAUUUGUGCCUUAACUUGUAUAAUUUAAAUCAUAUAUGGUCAUAGCGAUCUUAUUAUUGCGAAAACUGUGUGAUUUGAUUGAUUCAAUGGAAACUGUGACGGUUUGAUUGAUCUCAUCUGUGUUUUCUGGUGAUGUCAUUGUAAUCCAAGCAGGUGCGGUGACAACUAAAGUUCGAAGGCACGAAAUGCGCGUCCAUCCUUACCAAAGGGUAGUGACCGCAGACAGAGGUUAGUUUAGUUCAUUACUAGUAGCAUCUCACUGUUGGUCGUGAUUUGUUGUGCAACGUGUGCAGUAUGAGCAUGUGAAAUAAUCCACCGAUUCAUGAAAUAAGCCGACUUAGCCUUACAUGGUAUUCAAUAAGGUGCAUAGGGUGUGUUUGUUUUAUAGCCUCCGAAAUCUGUCCAUGCACACACACAUGCAUAUAGGCUAGACACAUGUGCGGGUGGAAUGGUUGACUCAUUUCCAUUAUUUGGAUGACCUUGUGGUUUCAACAUGAUGUUGAUGAUAAAUAAUGGAGCUGUUCAUGUUAACAUGAUCUUUAUUCAACCCAUUAUUUUUUACAUUUCUAAGUAUUUAAAAAGCAAAUGGGCAUUUAUGUAUUGGCCUUUUUUACUUGAAUAGACAUCAGAGAUAUCAUUGUGGAUUUGGUAAAAUUUGUGAAUCUUUUACAAUUAAAUAAUCUAAGUAAAAUACAUUUGGGGAUGAAAAUUAAUUAAAAAAAAAUCUAUAAAUAUGUACUAAAUAUUAGUACACAUGUACUUAAAAUUUAAGGUGCUUUACGACAACAUAGAAGAAUCAUUUUUGGCUGAAUGGUUCUUUUAAAAAAGCUUUCUGUUUGUCCUUUGAAGUGAAAAAACAGAUUUGAUUAUAAAAAGAUAUAAAAGAAAUUGUUCUUUAAAGAACCUUUGACUGGAUGGUUCCUUGAGUGGUUCUUUAAUGACACUACCGUGAAGAAGCUUUAAAGCAUCUUUAUUUUAAAAAGUGUAGUAUAUAAAUAUUUAUGUUAAAUGAUUUAAAUUCAGUUGGCGCAGGUUAAACUUGUUUCAACAAUGUGAAUGUGGGGGGCAUGAAUAGUGUAUAAUGCAAGAAACUUGGUUUAUGGGGACACUUUCUGAAUGUCUUUAAAAAAAUACUAAAUGGUACUUUUUCAUAAAUUAAAGACGUUUUUGUGAUGGUUGUGUUUAGGGACUGGGGUGGGGUAGGGCAGUGGUUCUCAAACUUUUUCGGCAUGCGGCCCCCCUGUGUACGGUGAAUCUCUUAAUAGCCCCUGCAAAGAAGUUUAUGACAUAAAACAUUCCCAAACUUAAAGUUUUAAUUAAACAAAAUAUAAUAAAUUAUACAAUGUAGGGAUGUUGCUUAGCCUUAGGUUUGAGGUUUAAUUACACAGACAUUAUUAUAAACAGUGUUGGGGGUAACGCAUUAUAAGUACGUGCAUUACGAGUAAAGUAACACAUUACUUUAUAAAUGUACACAUUAAUAUUUGAGUUACUUUUUAAAAAAAGUCAUGCGAGUUACUUUACAGUUUAAUUAAUUAGAAACAAUUUUAUAAAAAAAAUAUGUACUGAAGUGAACUGAAUGUAUUCACGUUUGAGGAACAGUUUGAGCCAUAAAAGGCCUCAGCUUGAUAUUUUUGCAAUGAAUAUAUGCAAUAUCUGAAUUCAGUUCUUUUCAGUCAUAAAACUGUAAGAGAUUAAGCCUCAGCCAAGUAAGAAAAGUAACUUAAAAGUAACGCAUGUAUUACUUUCCAUGAAAAGUAACUAAGUAACACAUUUAGUUACUUUUUUGAGGAGUAACUUAAUAUUGUAAUGCAUUACUUUUAAAAGUUACUUUCCCCAUAAAAUGUAAUUAAACUGGGACCCCUCUGGCACCAUUUUAGGGCCCUUCAGGGGGCCAAGUCAUAGGGGAAUAGAAUAUACAGUUUGUACAGUAUAAAAACCUUUGCGUCUUUAAAAUUGUCCCUGUAAACCACAUAUGCCUGAUUGUGUGUGUGUGUGUGCAUGGUUAUUAAUUUGAUAGAGGAGGUUCAUUUCGUGCCAUCUUAAAUUUGGCUCACUUAAAGCACCAUAAAGACCACAGAUAUCAAGAAGACCACAUACUAUGAGGUUUUUUUAUUGCUUUUUUAUUGUUAUGUAUUUCAUAUCCAUUUUUAUUUGUUAUAUACAUGUUUUAUAUAAUGGAACUACUGUUUUGAAGAAAAUCUACUUUUGAAAAUCCAUUUGCACAGACCUUCCAGAUUUUCAGUCUGUGCAUUUAUACUGGACCACACAAAUCACUUUUUUAUUUCAGCUGUUUACUUUAUGUUAUUAUUGUUGUUGUUUCCAUCUGUUGAUAUUUGCCUCAUUCGAUAAAGAGAUUAUAUGUGGCACAAGUAUUUUAUUUUGCACUGAAUAGAUCAGAAACAUUCAUCUCCUCUGCUCGUAUAAGAGCGGACAUGUCGAAAAAGUGAAACCUACAUCAAACCUCAGAUCAUUCGACUGAAACGAAUCGAUCGAGUCUUACGGUCGACCACUUUUGAGUUGAGAGAGUAAUAUCUGCUUGAUACUCUGUGGAUGCGACCGAGUCAGAGUAUAUGAAUGCAUUGAAGAAGAAAAAUUCCACUUGAUACAUUUUUGUGUUUUACUGUAAGCUUCUUUUUGAUUUUUUUGUUGUUGUUGUUG